CUUAUCUCUUCUAUCUCUGCCCUUGACACAUUUCGUGCCACCUAUCGCUGCUAUCUUGUGUCUGUCUGCAUCAAAUGGCGGUGCCCUAUCUCCCCGAGUACGAGCAGGAGGAGACGGUGAUGCACCUCCCCCCGGCGACGCCGCACCAUCUGCGCGAACAUGGUCUAGAACCCGCCAACUCGCCCUUCGCGGGCCGCAUCGGCGCCAACCAGGACUUCGUGCUGGAUCGCAGCGACCCUAAGAACCUGGCGGAGCUGGACCGGGUGCCCGACGCGGCGCCGUGCAUGAACGCGCAGGAGAUCUUCGAUCUGCGCGGGUUCCUGUCGCCGGAUCUGUGGAAGUUCGCCAUGUUGGAGUGUGUCGCCAGCAUGCUGAACACCUUCAUCUCCGCCUGGGUGACCACGCACCCGUACGCGCCCAUGACCGCCUCGACGGCGGCCUCCGGCGUUUAUGGGACAGUCACCUUCUUCUCCCCGGUCUUCGGCGGCCUAACCAACCUCCUCCUCACACCGCUCCUCAUCUACACCUUCUCCCCCAGCUCCGGCGGGCACAUCAACCCCCUCAUCACGCUGGCCACCUUCUUCGCGCGCAUCAUCUCCUUCCCCCGCGCGGUGCUCUACAUCCUCGGCCAGACGCUGGGCGGCGCGCUGGCCGGGUUCGCGCUGCACGCCGCCUUCGGCGACCGCAACAUCACGGUGGGCGGGUGCUACAUCGACACGACCCAGGUGCCGGUCACGAGUGGGCUGGUGAUUGAGUUCUUCGCGUGUUUGAUUAUCGUGUGGCUGUGUUUCGGGGUCGCGUUGGAUCCGAGACAGGCGAAGGUGUUUGGGCCGGCCGUGGGGCCGUGGUUGGUGGGGGUGGUGGUGGGUGUGAUCACGUGGGGUACCUCGUUUACGCGGACGGGAUACAUUGGGGCGAGUGUUAAUCCGGCCCGGUGUUUCGGGGCGUACGUGGCUUCCGAGUUUCCGGGAUAUCAUUGGAUUCAUUGGGUCGGUCCACUGGCGGCCUCGGUGGCGCACGGGUUGGUGUAUUUCGUGGAUCCCCUGUGGAAGGAUCCCCGAUCCAAGUCGUGA